UGUACGCUUAUCUAACCAGCCUGGCUGAAAACCCGGUACUUCUUUCAGAGGCAAAAUGCGACUCCUCAACCGUACAUAAGCAAGAGUUUUAUCGUAUUUUAAUCCUUCAGCUACUGUUACAAGAGUUAUUGUUACAACAGUAACUUCUCUGUAGUUUAUCCAGCUCCAGUUUAAGUUAUACGUUACACCAAAGGGGACUUUUAUCGUUGUCCGUUAUCCACCAGUGCAACAUUAGCUGGUCGGAAGGAAACACACACAAAUAAAACGUUUACCAUUAAUAGAAUCCUUUCUAUUAGCUGUCAUUUUGACUUUCCUCCUUUUGCCUGCGGCGACAUGGCUACUAAUCCUCCAGGACAAGCUUUCCCAAACAAGGCACGAGUGGCGAUCCUGGCUGAGCUGGAGAAAGAGAGGAGAAGGCUGUUGAACACUCCUGGAGCCAGCAUCUCGCUGUCCAGACCAAAUCUGAAAGAGUUCAGAGACAACGCAGAACAGCAGCACAUCGCUGCCCAGCAGAAAGCUGCCCUGCAGCAUGCACACACACACUCAUCGGGCUUCUUCAUCACGCAGGACUCUUCGUUUGGGAACCUCAUCCUCCCUGUCAUUCCACGUCUGGAACCCGAGUCUUGACCUUUUUACCUACUGUCCUUGUCCUCCUGCUGCCUAUGGGACAAGGCUUUCAAACAAUACGCACUCACCUCAGACCCGCUUCUCUCUCAGUUCCUUUCUUUUAAGUCUUUGAUAAAUGGACAGUUGUUGUGUAAACAAUCUCA